AUGUUCGUUAAUAAAAAGCAUAAGAAAUCUGUUCAAGAUGCUUCGUUACCAACGAUAAGUCAACAAGUUGAUCAUAUCCCUAGAAAUUCAUGUAACUUAAAUCAUUUCAAUACGUUCACCGGCCAUCAUUUCAAGAUUGCAAGUCUUAGAUGGGGGAAGAACUCAAAGACCCUAUUAACUACCAGUCAAGAUGGGUUUAUGAUAGUUUGGGAUGCCGUUACCGGUUAUAAAAAGCAUGCUAUACCAUUGGAAAACCCUUGGGUGUUAACUUGUGCUUAUUCUCCAUCAGAAUCUGUAUUGGCAUCUGCUGGCUUGGAUAAUGUGUGUACCAUAUAUAAGCAAGUGGGCUUUCAACGAAUAGAAGUGGUAGAACCAGGGGGGAAAUCAAGUUUACGUACAAAGUCAAACUCACCUAAUUAUUUCCAAUCACAAUCACAUUCAUCUACAUCUACAUUUUCUUCAUCUUCAUCUUCUUCCUUGCAAGUUAGACUUAAAGGUCAUACGGCCUACAUCCCCGAUUGUGGGUUCUUGAGUAACCAUAAUAUAGUCACAGUUAGUGGAGAUUCUACUUGCAUUUUGUGGGAUAUCACCAGAUCCUCGCCUUUGUUCAAAUAUACGGAUCAUACCAGUGAUGUACUUUGCUUGGCAACAAGCUACCAACAAUUACCUGCAAAUCCAUAUCUGUUUGUUACUGGAAGCUCCGAUGGUACUAUGAAAAUUUGGGAUACUCGUACUAAAUUUAGUGUUAGAUCUGUCAAUAGUAUGGCAUAUGAUGUCAACUGCUUAUCGAUAUUUCCUGAUAGCAAUGCUAUAGCUUCUGGAGUAGAUGAUGGGUCUAUUCAUCUUUAUGAUGUUCGAGCUGAUUGUAUUGUAAGCAAGUAUUGUUUAGAGACGCAGAAGAACAAAACAAAUUACUACCCUAAUCAGUUGCCUCCUUUGCUGCCUACAACUUUAAGAGGUGGAGGAUCCAGAAUUUUAUCACUGCAACAAAGCAUACAAUCUACUGCAAACCUACCAGGAGUUACUUCAAUUGAUUUCUCUAAAAGUGGCAGACUACUUUAUUCUACAUACUCCGAAUCAGGAUGUUUAAUCUGGGAUGUUCUAAAAGGGGAAGUCGUUGGUUCCGUUGGAAAUGCUCGAACUUCCAAGUUUAGCCAUGUUUCUGUUUCUCCUGAUGGCGAAGCACUUGCUACUGUGGGAUGGGAUGCUUCAAUUGGUAUCUGGACCAGUGGUCUUUAA